CUCAUACUGAAGAACUUCUAAAUCACGGAACUCUCCUUCCAAAAAUAAACCAAUUGUGAUGCCUUAGUACAAUCUUUGAACAUAUAUCAUCCUCCAUUCUUUUCAUUUUUCUUAAUAAAACAUGAUAUUGUUCCGACUCAUUUUUUCAAAUUACAUACGAAUCUUGAUCGUACCCAUAAUGAGGCUAGUAUGAAAGUUAAAAUGACGCCCCUACCCCCCAACAGAAUACCUAUAUGCAGCUUAACUAUCAUUUUUACAUGGGAGCUAAAACUGUGUAGUCGGCCCAUAUUAAGCUCCUGAACCGGGCUCGGCGGAUCUUUCUGAGAACAAACACGGAGCCCAUUUGGUGGGCUGGCACCCCCAGUAAGGUAAGCCCAACGAAAAAUUCGAUCCAAUUUUGGAACCCAAAGUCUUCAGUUAUGUAUUGUGCAUGGAUACAAAUUACAAUAGCAACUAGCAAGACGGAAGAAAACAGUAAAGGGGUCGUUUGGAUUAGGAAUUUAGGGGAAGGAUUUUGUUAAAAUCCCUCAUUUUACAGAAUUUUGGCAGAAUUAUGCGUUUGGGAAGACGAGGGAUUUUGAGCAAAAGAAAUUUUAAAAUUCCUCAUAUCCAGGUUUUUGAAAUAGCUGAUGUACCCCAAGUAUUUUAAAAUCUCUCAUUUCUGUUUUUAUUCUUCCAACCUUAUCCUUCCCUUUCUUCCACUAUUCCGGUGGCUAUCGUUCCAUCCUAAGCUCUUAUUCCGCCGCCGACUAAUCAAUUCCCAAUGGCCGGCGUUACAAGACGACGGGACUUCGCGAGCUUCCCAGUGGCUCAUCUGAAUCGACGUGCGGCGUCGACGAUAACUCUCCAACAGGGCAAAAGCCCACACACCCAUCCGGCCGCAGCUUGGCAUCGUCGUCGCUCCGUCGCUUCAUUCUCAGGGCAAUUCUUCUUCUCCAGGCCUCUCAAAUUAUCCCAUUCUACCUUCCUAGCUUCGGUUGCCCACCGAUUUCGUUGCCACCAGUCAUCGAUUUUGCUACUACCAGUAGCAGCAGCAAUAGGUUGAUGACGAUGAUGAUAUAUGCGGCGCGGGGAUGAUAAAUGGGGAUUGGGAUCUGGAUCAACAAUUGGGUUCUGUGGAUUAAGAUUGGGGAUGACCGAUUGGAAAGAGUAGAGAGAGGAGAUAAAACGAAGGGGAUUCUUCUUCGUUUGAUGGCCUGGGGAGAACGACGAUGGCGAUUGAUUGACGAAGAAGAACAAGUUGCUGAUUUUUCAACUCGGAAAAUGAAGCAUCAGUUCAAAUUUGGGUUCUGGGUUGCGAUGAAGAAAGAAAGGAAGAAGAGGUUUAGGGCAAAAUUGUAAUUUCGUUUUAUCAUUUAAAAUCCUUAAUUAUAAACAAACAAGUUAUUUGGUUUAAAUCUCUCAUUUACAUUCCCUGGUUUUUUAAAUAAGGAAUUUGGACACAA